GUUGUAAAGAACACGUUAUUCACAUGUUAUGUAUCAUUAGUUAUUUAAGUAGAUUAUUAUAGCAAAACUAUAUAUUAAAUUAAAUAAUUUGCCGUCCAUUUGUUCAAAUAAACUGUUUUUGCUGUAAACAUUUUGAAAUUUACGUAUAAAAUGCAAUUUUUUUUCGUCUGAAACUUACUCUUUGUGGGAUUUGAAGAUGGUUAGCGCGAAAGUUCUGGUCUUGGUCCUUGUGGUGGCUGCGGCUACAGCCAGUCCUACUCCAACUAUCGGGUUGGCAGCAACCAUCAUCGGUGGCGCUUUGGGCCACGAUGGGCUGGACCACGAUGGGCUGGACCAAGGUGGGCUGGACCACGAUGGGCUGGACCACGAUGGGCUGGACCAAGGUGGGCUGGACCAAGGAGGGCUGGACCACGAUGGGAUUGACCAAGGAGGGCUGGACCACGAUGGGCUGGACCAAGGUGGGCUGGACCAAGGAGGGCUGGACCACGAUGGGCUGGACCAAGGUGGGCUGGACCAAGGUGGGCUCGUGAGACAGAAACCCUGGGUGCCUAAGUGGAGGCUCAAUGAUAAAACCGGCACGAAACACGUAUACGUUCAGGGAGAAAGUCCUUUGGAGCCAUUCGGAUACCUCGCAAAGGGUGUGACUGAUUUGGCCGGCAACGUUAGAGACAUCUUGGCUGACAUAGUUAAAUUGAGAUUCCCGGCUACUUUCGAUGAUGCUAUUAAUGCUAUCAUCACUAUUGCCAGAGUGGCUGCUGGAAUUAUCAACGUCGUCAUUCCCGGCCUUGGAUCUCUCCUCGGGAAUAUCGUGAUCGCUCUUGCAAGAAUAUUGAUCUGCGUGUUGGGGUCUCCGGGGUUGACAGGAACUGUGUUCGGAGACCGCCGUGGUGGUUACGGUAAUUCUAAGGAUAUCCCAGCAGUUUGUCUCAAGGAUUAUGGACACAAAUAUGGCUCCCAAUCAUACAAUGGCGUAUACGAUUCACCAAAGGAUGUUAUCGAUUAUUACAAUCUGAGAAAUUCCAAGUCGAACAUAAACGAUUUGAUCGACAAGGCUACAGGGGGAAAGGGGAUUGACAACUUGUCUGCCUCUGACCGCAUCAUCGUCGAAUUGGUACUUGAAUUCAGCUCUUACCUCGAACGCACUGACAAUAAUGACUGGUCCCAGAAAGAUAUUGAAAAUCUUGGGGCUUAUAUUUCAAUAAUGGUCGGUGUCAUCGGUAACGGGUACAGUGAUGGAUAUGGAGCCGAUCUAAUUGACUGCAUCUUCGAUUUCGUUGAACCUUCCUUCAAUGAUAAGGGACUUGAUCUGAGCUGCAGGGAGAAAGAGAUCAAGGAGAAGAUUGCCGGAUGCAAGAUUUACAACUUUGGUGGCGCAUUGAGAAACUGUCGCGACGGCUCAGGCGAAGACUCCGGUGGCUUAUUCGGUACUGAUGGAAGUUCCGGUUCUAGUUGGAGCGGCAGCUCAAGUUCCGGAAGCUCUAAUGGAGGCUAUGGUUCCAGCUUUGACUCCAGUGAUAGCUCAGAUUCUAGCGGAAGCUUUGGAAGCAGUGGCUCUGGUAGCUCCAGCAACACUGGAAGCUCUAGAAACUGGAAUGAGUCCGGAAACGAUGGAAGUUCAAGCGGCUCCAACAACUCAGGAGGCUCCGGCAGUUGGAAUUUAUUAGGAAGCUCUAGUAACUGGAACGAAUCUGGAAGCUCCGAUAACAGUAGCUCUAGUAACUCUAAUAGCUCCAGUAACAGUUCGUCCGAAUCCAAUAACAGCGGCAGUUCCUCCAGUAGCUCUGGAAAUUCCAGCUCCGGAAGUAGUUCUGGAAACUCCGGAAAUGACGGCAACGAUAGCGGAAGUUACGAUAAUAAUAACUGCAAUGAUAAUAACAAUAAUGUAAACAACAAAAUCAUUUAAAAACAGAUCUGCAUCAUCAUCGAAAAUAUCGACGGAAAUUUCGGCCGAAGUCAGCUCUUAAUCGUCUAGCUUCUCGAAAAAUACUAACGGUUCUUUAUCAUCAUAUAACAAGUCUUCUUCAAAAAGCUCUUCUGAGUCUGAGAGUGAAUCUGAAAAGAGUUCUAAUGAAGAAUAUUCUUACAUUACUAACGAUAAAAAUGAUUAUUGUAGAUCCAAGACAACCACAUUUAAAAUUAUAUCUUUUAUCACUAAUCGGUUGCAUUUGAUAAGUGUUUUUUCUGUUUUUAACGCAAUAUGUUUUGUAUGUUUUAGUGUCAUAUGAUAUAAUAUACCUAUUGUUAGAUUAAGCUGAUGUAAGCAUUUAUUGCGAUCACUGUUGCGUUUUUAUCAAAUAAAAAUAAAAUCAAUUUACUAAUGUUA